CAUAUAUCUGACUGUUGUUAGACACUCGUUCAACCUUGUGUUGCCGCCUGGAUUGCAGCUCCUUCCCUCUGUUUCUGUGUGUACAUUUAUUCCAUACUGUAAAUAUACUAGCUUACUGGUGGGGAUUACUGCCGGGCCCAGGCUUUCCCAUUAUACCUGUCAGGUGCUUUUAAAUUGUAGGAGGAAGCAUUCAACUUGGAGGACAUACUGGAAUCAACUGAAGCACAGUCAUUUGUGAAUGUAUCAUUUGAGAGACUAGAUGUUUGGAAAAUAAGAGAGCCCAAGUAAAUGGAAGGUCUGUUAGUCGUUAAAGUGCAACUGAUGUAGAAUCCCACUGUCCUCGCUUUCCUGCAAACAACUGACUACAUAGCCACUACAUUUUGUAACAUAUUGUUACAUUUUGUAACUGAGCAUGGAAACAAACACAAUUGUGCGUCUGCCUUUAAAGAGUACCGAGGUGGUCAAUGUCCACUGUCUCUCACUGGAUUUAAAUAGUUACCCUGAAAUAAAGAAACAGAUUCAUUUAGACUAUGAAAGUUCCAAGAACAUAUUUGUGGAAAAGAAUGCCUUAGAACUCAUGAAUCUGCAAGAGAACUGGAGGCACCACGAAAGAAUGAAAAAGGAGCCUAAAUACAGAAUAGGAGGCUCAGUAGAAAGUAUAUUUUCUCAAGUGUCAGUCCAGAGCCCUGGAUGGACAACACUAAAGUCAAGCAAAUCCCAAGAUGCAUUGGAGUCUAAUACAAGCUUUAUACAGAAUCAAAAUAGGCCAAGUCGACAAAGUGAACUCAAAAGACAAGAAAUUAUUGAUGAUAUUGUAGGGGAUGAAAUUACCUUCAAAUUACCCAGGCAGCGAGUACAAGAGAGAAAAAUAGAUUGCAGUGUCAACAUCGCCAAUGUUUCUCACUCCUUAUCCCAUAGUGAUUUAUCAACUUCCAAAAUGUCAGCAUCAGAGCUUUUACCAGGUGCUGAAGGCGAAGUGUAUCAGUGGAAACCAACCACAGACCUCAGUCCUGUCCCCUCUGAGGAAACAGAAUCCAAUCAUUCUCAGGCUGCAGAAUCUGAUGGAGCUCAGAGAAUCUCUAUGUCGCUUCUGAAAUCAAUACUUAUGGAGAAGGAAUUUAAAAUAAAUGAUCUCAGCAAAGAAAUUAGGAAAAUACAGGCUGAACAACUACAUUUGCUGGAAGAAAAGCAACAUGUUCUUUCUGAAAAUGAGAUGCUUAGAAGUAAUUUUCAGGCUGUGACAUUUGCGAAAGAAACCAACCCACAGGAUGUCUUCCAUUCAUUUGACCCCAAUUCUCCCUUGGUUCUUCAGAGACAAAUAUUAAACCUUAAAAAUCAGAUCAACGACCUCCAAGAAGCCAAUGAAAGUGCCGUUUUAGAACUAUCAAAAGCUGAUGAAGAGAUUUCACAGCAAAGAAAAGAUCUGGCUAAACUCACAGCUGAAUAUCGGCAAAAACUAAAGGAUUCCCAAGAAGAAAUAAAGGUCCUUACGGAGAAGAUGAGUCAGAUAUCAUCUAGAUUUCCUCCACCUGAGAAUUACCAAGAAGACCUUCUUAAGGAAAUUACGCAACUGAGAAUCGAGUGUAGACGGUUGAGGACACAAAGCCACCAGUUAAGCGAGGAGAACCACCACCUAAAAGAAUACUUGUGGGAUCUUAAAAUGCAGCAUCAACAUUUGCUUGCAGGAAGAACAGAUGGGGUGGGCACUGAGAAUGAUUGGGCCACAAGUCUCUCCAAUAUUCCCCUUGACGAGAAACUCCACUCAGACAGCUGGCGCACAGAAGGGAACAGUCUUUACAGGAAUGAUGCUAUUAAUGUUGAUGGAACACUUUCAAAAUGCAAAGCAGCCUUAGGUUCUGUAAACAUGAAAGAACCCUGGAACAGCAAACAUGAAGAACAUUUUAAACGUAACAGUUCACCAUAUUCACUGAAUAGUGAAAAUACAGAGGUUCUGAUCAUGGCUUCUGAAGAUGACUUCCGCAGAAGUUCCCAUGCAGACACUAGUGGUGGUGCAUGGGAAGAAAUACAUGGAUUGAGUGAUGAUGAUGACUUGAGUUCUUUCAGAGAGAACAUCCUUCCGAAUACUUUACAUAGCUCAAAAACUUCUUUACACUCUGCUGCUUCCAGUAAGACAGCUGCUGGCAAAAGACCACAUUUAGAUGUGUUACCACGGCGUCCAUUUGCUCCUAAGAGUGUUGCUGAUUUAAAACUUGGCAAUUUUGUGAAAUUCUCACGCCCAGGUGGUAAAAUAAGCAAAGGCACAGUCCAGUACAAGGGUCACCUGCCAGGGAGGGAGGAGCUGUACCUGGGAGUUGAGUUGGAAGGAGGAGAGCUUGGCAAACAUGAUGGCAUUUUCCAGGGAGUGCGAUAUUUUCUGUGCAAACCCAACAAAGGAGUAUUUGUCAACUUCAGAAAAAUUAUCAUGGCUUGGACUUAAAUGCUGAUUACAAUUAGUGUUCUACACUCAGCUAAAUGGAUCAUAUUCAUUAGAUUAUUAUUAAUCUCUGAUCACUAUAGGUAGUCUAUAUAGUCUAUACAAUAUUUAUUUGUGAAUGUGAAAAGUGUACUUAUUUUGAUAAAAUGGCAAAUGUGCUAAUCUCUGUAUUGUGUUUCUUUAUAUUGAAUUCUCCAUUUGCAUUCAUCAUUUUAUGGUUGUAUCCAUUAAAUACUUAUUAUUAUUAUUAUUAUUAUUAUUAUUAUUAUUAUUUUUCUUUCUUUAUAUGGCGCCACAAGGGUUCCGCAGCACCCAAUUACAGAGUACAUAAACAAAUAAUCAAAACAGGAAAACAGCAAUUUACAGUUGAAGACAAUAUAUGACAAUACAGGGUAAUUAAACAUAGCUACAUCAGCAGAUGACACUGGAAUAAGUGCAUAUAUAUUGGCAAGCUGCUCAAUCAGAUUGUGAUGUCACUCAGGUGCUAAAAGGGAGGGGUAAUUCUUUUUUUAAACACUUUAUUUAUUUACACCAUGAAAGACUGAAAAAUCUACGGUACAUAUUACAGAAUCAAU